AUGAUUGCGUACUCAGUCACCGUGCCCAAGGAGUACGGCUAUGUCGUCCUCGCCGCGACCUCGACCUUCUUCCUCAACUUCUGGCACGGCAUCCGCGUCGGCGCCUUCCGGCGCGCCGCCCAGAUCCCCUACCCGCACCCGUACGCGACCGCCGAGCAGAUCUCCUCCGCCUCGGCCGACAAGAAGCAGGCCAUGUACCUCUUCAACUGCGCGCAGCGCGCACACGGCAACUACCUCGAGAACCAUACCAGCAUGGUGAUCGCGAUGUUGGUCGCGGGGCUGCAGUAUCCGAGGACGGCCGCGGUGCUGGGAGCCGCGUGGGCGGUUUGCAGGAUCCUCUUCGCGACGGGGUAUACGAAGGCGGAUAAGCAGGAGGGGAAGGGGAGGCUGGCGGGGGGUGGGUUCUGGUUUGCGCAGUUGGCGGCGUUUGGGCUGGCGGGCUGGGCGAACGGCUAUGUCCAAGCCGUGCCCAUUGUUACGGAGAGGGGUCGGGCCCGUAAGGGCGAGGAGAAGAAGGAGAAGGGGAAGCCGCAGAACGCGCACCGCCUGGUGGUGGUGGCGUAUAAGUUGGACGAAGAGGUGGGAAGAAUGCUGGCCGGGGACCAGGCAUCCCACCUCUGCCACCACCCCGUCUGCAUCAACCCGGACCACAUAGUGGUCGAGAGCAAGGCUCUCAAUGAGGCGCGGAAGCCCUGCCGUGAGAUGGUACGUAACUCACCCACCUACCCAUUCUGGAAUACAAGGAGAUACUAA